CGACUGAGACAUUCCACAUCUACAUCUCUUCUCAAAUAAUCGUCUUAUUCUCUUUCCCUUUCCUCUCGCAAUACUCAUUCCAUUCCAAAAAUCUCCCCUAUAUAACGGCCGUCCCAACGUACAGGUGUAGGUUUCUAUCCGUCCUCCACGUCCGUCUUCCUCCUUUUCCGAGGGAAACCCAAUUGCUUUUGGCAGAAGAGCUCGAAUCUAACUUUCCUCGCACACACCAACUCAGGUUCUUAUCCCUCCCACCCUCCAGUCCGAAACUCUCGUCUCCAAACCCACACACACUUUCCAUCCUCCCCACUCCGCAAGGAGAGGUUGUCUGUAAUCGCAAAGGCUUUCACUCAGACGCACACCCCCCCCACCCGCCGCUAUCCACAAUGGCCGAAUCCGUAGUCAACGGGCACAACGAAGUUGUGUCCGCUACCGUCGACGAGAGCAUCAUUGACAUCCCAGCCGAUGCUGCCCCUGCCGCCGUCGAGGAGACAGAGGAAGCCAGCGCCAGCCUGACUCCCGCGCAGCGCCUGCAGCUGGCAGCGGACGCCGAGGAAGCUGCCGCUCCGAAGAACAAGAACCACGGCAAAGCCCCCCAGAAGAAUAGGGAGGCCACUCACAUCGACGUUGCUUCGGAUAGUGCGUUUCCCUCGCUCGGCGGAGGUCCCUCGAAGGCUAGCAUCGCACCCGUCAAGUGGGGUGCCGGUGCGGGCCCUGUCCUGGUUUCGGCUUCGUCUGCACCGGCGGAGUCGAAUUGGUCUCCGGCGGUAAAGAGCGCCGGUGGCCAGCAAACGGUCUUUACACUCCUCAAGGGAGACCGUAGGGCCCCAGCGGAUAUGAGGAGGUCGCAGCAGGACCUGGUCCGUGAUAUUGCGAGGAAGACGGGGACCAAGAUUGAAGUCGCUACGAAUAUCAGUAGAGGAAGCUCGACAUAUGUCAUUUCGGGAAGCUCCGCAGAUGAUAGGGAUAGAGCAAAGAGGGAGCUGAGGAGGGAGCUGACAGCUACGGUGACCCGUUCAGUAUCUGUUCCUGCUGUCACCCGGUCGUUCAUCAUCGGAAAGGGUGGGUCCAAGAUCCAGGAACUUCAGCAGAAGACCUUGACCAACGUCAAGGUUCCCCAGUAUGAUGCCGCUGACAUGGGGGCUGCCGAGCACGAGGACGAGGCUAUGAUCGAUGUCCUCAUUGAGGGUGACAGUGAGGGAUGUGAGAAGGCCGCCGAGCUGAUCACAAAGAUUGUCAAGGAGCGGGUCAUUAAGAUUACGCGAUCAAUCACUGCCUCCGGGAAGCUCUACCCUUUCAUUCAGGGCCAAGAUAAGAGCAACAUCCAGAAAUGGGAGGAACUUGUGGACAAAGUUCUCGUUCCAGACUACUUUCACACCACCACGCCAGCACCAAAACUCAGCGAGCCUUCUGGUCCCAUCCUGGUGAUCGGUGAGAAGUCGGCCGUUGAGCAGGUUGUUGCCCAGAUCAAGGAAAUGAUCAGCUCGCUAGAGGCCGAGGACUACCCCGUCCGUGGUACCGACAUUAACUCCCACGAGCCGCAGCUCCUCAAGAGAAACAACUACCAAAUCAUCAGGGAGGUGUUCGCCGAGACUGGCUGUUCUGUUAUUCUUCCCCCUCCAAAUGUCUUUAAGGCCUUCAUCGUCGGUCCUUCAUCAAAAGUGGCCGAUGGUUUGAGCGCCAUUUUACGGAAAUUGGAGGGAUACAACACAGCCACCCUCGAUCUGUGCACUCCUUUCAAGAAUGCACCGAAUGGAGCUAAGGUACAUGCCAUCGAUGUCGUGCGGCAUAUCCAGAAAACAUCUCGGGACAAGGUAAUUGAGAAAGAUUGCGAUGUUGACAUCACCUACCCUCAAGAAACUCUCUACGACUUGACCAAGCCCUGCCUCAUCACGAUCAUUGGCAAGACUAAGGAAAAUGUCAAUACAGCCAAAAAGGCUGUCAUGGAGCUCUUUGGCGCAUACACACCUAAGCGGAUAUCUGAGAUGGAGGUUGAGCCGCUCUACUUCAAGCACAUCCUUGGAAAGGACGGAAAGGGGCCUAAAAAGAUUUCUGCGGCAACCUCUGUUGAAAUCCUUUUCCCACAGGACCCGGAGGAUGACAGGAUUGCCUUGGUCUACGAAGGUCCAUCUACUGAUGAGGCUGUGAUCUCCGAAGCGUUGGAGAAAGCGAAGGAAGGGAUCCGUGAGAUUACUAAGGGUCAGGUCGAGAUCGUUAAAAAGGUUCUGGAAGUCCCCCAAGAGCUCCACGACAAGUUGCGCGGUGAGCGGAACACAAUCAUCAAUGCCCUCAACCCUACCUCGAUCUUUGUCCAGUUCGGUGCUCCUACGGCACGCUUUGGAAGGCCUGCUCCUGCGGCCGAUUCGGGUGUUGAAAACACCAUCACCCUGCGUGGACCUCCUGGAAAUGUCGCCACUAUGGCUGCGAACAUCAAUGCGUUCUUGAAAGACACCGAGGGCCAGGAUGCUCCUGCAGUUAUCACGGAGCAAUUCGAGUACCCUAGACAGUACUCGGGUAACUUGAUCGGUUCCAAGGGAUCUAACAUCAAUAAGCUUAGAGACGACCUAGGUGUUGAAAUCCGGCUGGACGAGGGCAACGGUAAAAUUACUGGUGUCCGGGUCUGCGUCGAUGCUGCACGCAAGAAGCUGAACGCACAGCUCAAGGAGCUCGAGGACAAGGCUGUCAUCACCAUCAAGGUUCCCCAGCAGUACCACGGUGUCAUCGUUGGCUCUGAGGGCUCUACCGUUCGGAGACUGGAGGAGCGUUACAACGUGCGCAUCAACUUCCCCAAGAAGUCGGAGGAGGACGGUCCUCGCCAGGCUCCCGAUGAGAUUAUUAUCCGUGGAAACAAAAAGGGCGCCCAGGAGGCUAGCCAGGAGAUCACCGAGCUCUGGAAGUACGAGGCCGACAACAACCACACUGCCACCAUCACCGUGCUCGCCAAAUCGGUUGGCUACAUGUUCAAGAACGCCAGCAAGGACAUUAAGCGCCUUCGUGAAGAGACUUCGGCCAGGAUCAUCAUUCCUCAGGAGGACAAGAACUCGGAUCCCGAGAGCACAGUCGAGAUCAGAAUUCGCGGUACCAAAAAGGAUGUUGAUCAUGCGAAGACCGUGCUCUCUAAGAUUGCGCAGAAUGCGGAGAACACCACCGCAAGAACGAUUAGUGUUGACAAGAAAUACCACAAGUCUCUGAUUGGACCUGGAGGUUCGACUUUGAGGGAUAUCGUCGUUAACGCCGGUGGCCCCGAUGACCGCGCUGCUCUGGCUCGCUUGGUCCGCUUCCCUAACCAGGCAUCCGAGUCGAACGACAUCGUCGUGCAAGGCUCUACCGACAUCGUCGACAAGAUCGUCGAGGCCAUCGAAAAUAUCGUUGCCGAGAAGGAGAACCAGGUGACCGAAGUCAUACAGGUCGCUCCCGAGAGGCACAGGAAGCUCAUCGGCCGUGAGGGUAUCAUCCGCCGUGAGCUCGAGGCCAAGUUCGCAGUCACCCUCGGUAUUCCCCGCCAGCGCCCAGGACAGCCCCAAACGAAUCCUGAUAUCAGCAUUACUGGUGAGCCUUCGGCCGUCGAGGAUGCGAAGGCCCACAUCCUCGAAUUGACCGAGGAGCCCGAGGGUGAGACUUUGGAGGUCCCCCGCCGUCUUCAUCAUGCCAUCGCCGACGGUGGCCUCUUCAAGCAGCUCCAGCGGGAGUUCAAGGUGACCGUUGACCACAACGGCCUCCCUCGACCCACGAAGCCCGAAGCCCCCAAGCCCAAGACCGCCCAGGACAUGCCCCUCAUCACCGACGAAGCCGACGAGGACCGCGUCUUCUGGGAGAUCGUCGAGAACUCCGCCUCCACCGGCGAGGAGGAGACUUAUCCAUGGGUCCUUCGUGGGAGUAACCCGGCGAAUGUCGCCAAGGCUAAGGCCGAGAUCGAGAAGGCUGUCGCCGCCGCCGCGAAACAAUCACACACUGGCUUCUUGAUCCUCCCCGACCCACGGAAAUACCGUUUUGUCAUCGGCCCUGGCGGUUCUACCGUCGACCGUAUCCGCCGCGAGACCGGAUGCCGCAUCACCGUGCCACACAACAAUCGGAAUGGCGGUAGCGGCGACGGGGCAAUCACCCUCAAUGGUGACAAGGCCGGUCUCGAGAAGGCUAAGGAUGCCAUCCUCGAGGCUGUCAAGAUGGGCGACUCCAACGGCAAUAACGGUGGACGACGAGGUGGCGACUAUGAGUGAUCUAAGUCCUAACUGCGGGGGCCUCCCCCUCCAAUCUUGCCAUUUCUUUUUUUGUUUUUGGCGGUUUUUGAUGCUAUUAAAUUUACGAUGGUUCUUUUUUUUUCUUUUUCUUUUCCUAUUGUCUCUCAAAAAGCGGAUGGUAUAGAUGGGCUGGGGAUCGGCUGGGGAGGCUUCUUUGUAUGUAUUUUGAGGGAUAUAUUGUUUCUCUCUUUUUUUCCAAUGUGGAUGUGUGUGCUUGCUUGGAGGUUUAAUCGUAAUUACUUCUUUACGCAACUAAUGAGCCGAAUGGAUUUGUACGUAUCAUGUAUUGAUGAACGGAGUGGU